AUGCUAACACGACCAAAGGCCGCCGAAGAUGUGGCUGAAGCCGCCCUGACCCUGCAGAAAAGCCCGGACAAAACCCUAGGCGACUCCCCCAAUGUCGGUCUUGAAGACCAAGCCCAGACCGACGACCUGGACGAGGCCAAUGUCACGGCCGAGGUUGGCUCCAAUGAGGAUAUUGACAACAUGGGCGAAGAUCUCCUGAGCAGCAAGCAUUCUCGAGCCAUUGGCUACAUAGGCAAGAACUCAGAGGUCCAGUGGCUGCGGAGACUUCAUCGCGAGGCAGACGGCACAAGUUCUGGCCAUCAUGACCAUGGACCCUACGGGCCUCCGGGCAGUUCGGCCCAGGCCCACGAACAACGCAUAGCCGCCAUGCACCAACGUCAAAACAAGAACCCACUUCCACUAAUGGACACGAGAAGCUGCAGUUUCUACCUCGAUGAAGAGCCCCUGGAUAUGGACAUGGAAGUUGACCCUCUCGAGUUGCCGCCCUACGAGACGGCAGAACACCUCCUCAAGUGCUACAUGCAAACCGUCCAGAACUCUUUCCCCAUUCUCUCCCAAAAGACUUUCACAAAGCAGUUUGUCCAUUACUAUUCCUUGGUUGCUCAAGGGGCGCCCUACAAACUGCCCCAAAAGUGGCAAGCUAUGCUCAAUCUAGUCUUCGCCAUAGGCGCUGUCUAUUCCCACCUUAUGGAAAGUGACCACGCUGCCGACGAGAGAGAUCACCUGCUUUACCAUAAAAGAGCGUGGGCUUUGAGUCUGAAUGAUCCUUGGCAAGUAAUCCUUCUUCGAAUGGCUCCAUCAAGCGAUAUGAACCUUGUUACUGCCAUCUCUUGUAAACAAGCAAAGUGGCUCACCCAUCCCGACCUUGCUCAGAUGCAAAUCACUGGCUUGUUGUCCUUUUACUACAUGGCCAUCGGUCACGUCAACAGAUCCUGGGUUGUCAUAGGAAUGUCUAUUCGUUUUGGCUUCUCUCUGGGACUCCACAUACGCAACGAGGAUCGCACUGCUACCGCAGUAAAGAAGGAGCUGCUGUCGCGAAUAUGGUGGGCAGUCUAUUCACUUGACCGUACCCUGUCUGCCGUGACUGGUCGGCCUUCGGUGGGAGCUGAUGUCCAUUCGUCCACCACUCUACCUCUUCCGAUAUCAGCCAACGACAUAGACGAGGCCAUCAUUCAAGCCAAAUUUGGAACAAGACCGAAAUGGGGUAGUGCGACUGCCGGAUCGCCUUCGGAUGCGGGCUCAUCUCGUGCACCAAGCGCCACGCCGCUGGGAGGUAACCCCAGUGGCACCGAUGCACGAGACACGUUAAAUGAUGAAGCCAACGCGGGGACCUUCUUGAUUGCCGUCGUAAAGCUGGGAAUGGUGUCAAACAAUGUCCUGAACCAGCUCUACUCGCCAAAUCUGGUCACAAAGUCGUGGAAAGACAUUCAAGGCUACAUUUCACAGCUUGCAGACGAUCUGGAUGCGUGGCUGUACUCGCUUCCUGCGGGCCUCGAUCCCUUCAAAGACCACGGCCGAGGCCAGACCAUGCAGCAGGAACGUAAUAUCCUCAAAACCUACUAUUACAGUACCAAGAUCCUUAUAUGCAGACCCUGCCUAUGCCGCUUGGACCGUCGUAUCCGAUCACAGACGCAAUCUUCAGUCAAUUUCAACCACCAAACUGCAGCGCAGUGUGUGGCCGCGGCCAAGUCUAUCGCCGCAUGUUUGCCAGACGAUAUGGCUGUGUGGGGCAAAGAAAUCUACAAAAUCUUCCCAUGGUGGUCCGCAGUGCACUACCUAAUGCAGUCUAUCGCUAUCCUCCUGCUAGAAGCUUGCUACGAAGCAGAGAGCUCAGCUGUCCUGCCCGCCGUGAAGAAGCUGGUACGUUGGCUACGCGAACUAAGCUCCACCAACAGGACCGCAGAGCGCGCGUAUUCGAUUACCGUCGACUUGCUCAAAAAGUUGGCUUCGCGGACUUUCCAAGAUCCCCGGACCACCCAAGAAAUCAAACAACUGCUCUCGGAGCAUCCGAGCCCUACCGUGUCCGAUGUCGGUUACUCGGGCUUCGCCACGCAAUGGCUCACUGGCGAGGAAUUUCUCGAGCAGCACCCCUCGCCGCAGGAAAUGCAGCCCAGCGGGGAGUCCUACAUGUCCAAUGUGUUCGCCGAGUCGAUGCCGACGGUCAAUGUGUUUCCGGGCGCCACGGACCUGCCCGUGUCGGGCUUCUUCUCCGAAGCGCUGCACUCGCACUCGCCGCUGGCGAAUGUGUUUCUGACCGGAUUUGACCAGCAUAAUCCGCUGCCGUUUAACGUAGGCGAUGUGUACAUGCCGGAUGCGCCGGGGCAGGCGCCGCACGGCCAGCGCUCAACCUGGGACGAGUACCAGGAGAGAUGA